GCCCGCCCUGCCGCGCGUCGUCAACGCCCUGCUCGUGUGCGCGCUGCUGCUGGUGGCGCUCGCCACCAUGGCGUCGUACCGCCUCAUGGACACCACCCUCAUGGGCGGCAACACGGACUGGCGCCUGCCGCCCUGGUGGUACAUGCGCCUGGCCGAGCACGUCGGGUCGCUGCUGGUCGGCUUCCUGCUGCUCUGGUGCGCCACCCGCGGCCCGUCGCGCAGCUCGGACGAGCGCUCCACGGCGUCCCGGAGCUCGCGCGGCACGCCGGGUGCGCUGUCGCUCGUCUCGUGCACCGGCCGCCGCUUCCUGUUCGACUGCCCGUCCACCGGCAGCGAGGAGAACAAGACCUCCGAGGACAACACCUACCCCGCCGUGUGUGCGUCCAACCACGCCAUCCUCAACUACACGCAGCACACCGGCAACAAGCUCUACGACGACUCGUUCCCGCUGGCCAACCUGCACUCGGCGCCGCCGCUCAACAGCUCCGGGGACGACUUCUGCAGCGUGCCCACCAUGCCGAAGCGCGCGUCGCGGGCGUCGACCGGCAGCGCGGGCGGCGUCAGCAAGGCGGGCACGCUGCUGCCCUACUCCAAGGCGUCCCGGCGCGCGGCGGCCCCCGGCCCGGGCCACCACACCCUGGGCCCCGGCGGCCAGCUCUACGACGGCGACGUGGGCGUCGGCCGGGACACGCUGCGGCGCGGCACGCGCACCACGGGCCGCACGCGCAAGCCGCGGCACGCGCGCCACCAGCAGGAGGUGUACAGCAACUGCCCGCAGGACGACGAGUACGACUACGACCAGCGCGUCGACCAGCGCGUCGACCAGCGCAUCGACCUGGACGGGCUGGCCGACGACUUCACCGUGUUCAAGCAGUACGCGAGCACGGGCAGCUCGGAGAGCGCCGACAACUACGACGUCCCCAUGCUGGUGGGCGCGCCGGCCGCGGAGCUGACCGCCAACAACAAGCGGCACCGGCGGCGGGACCGCGGUGGAGGCUCGGACCGCUCGGACCGCGACGACCCCCGGGCCGUGCACCACCACCGGAAAGCAGCGCGCCACGCCAACGGCGCCCCGCCCUCCGCGCCCUCCGCGCCCGCGGACUCCCUCUCCCCCGCCAGCCCCAGCGACCUCUCCGACUGCGACCGCCUCAGCUCCAACCGGUCCUCCUACGACGAGGGCGCCCCCAUGGCCGUGCGGACGCAGCCGCAGCAGCACCACCACGGCCACCUCAACAACCACCACCGGCACCGCGCCAAGCCCUGCCAGCAGCAGGUGCUGCUGUACGACGCGUCCGAGGACGACGUGACCCCCGACUCGGCCGUGGUGGCGGACAUCUCGGCCAGCCCCCGCGGCCACCACAGCCCCCGGGAGAAGCGGCCGGGCGCCAAGCGGCUCGGCCGCCGGCACCAGCAGCACCUCAGCCAGGAGUCGCCGAGCAGCCCCGAGCUGCACGACAACGUGUGGUCGCCCCAGUGACGUGCUAGUGACGCCUCUGCGGCUGUUGACGCUGUUGACGCUGUUGGCGUGGCCAGUGGUUAGCGCCCCCGCCAGUGUAGCGCCAGGGACUCGAGGGCGAGGCUGGCCGCAGCCAGGUGGAGGAGGAGUCCCUCUGUCGAAGCUCUUCUCGAGAGACAAUGAGGCGCAUCAUGUUGCCUCUCCUUCGAUCGGGACGUUUAUUUUUGAGAGUGCAGGGUCGGGACGUGGUGAGACGAGGCCCCAGCAUGGACGCAUGAUGGACGCCAGGGUGUUUUGUUAGGUUUCGCUGUGGUGCACGAGAGAGACGGUGAAGGACCUUCCGUCCCCCAGUGCGUGACUCGCAGACGUCGCAGACUCGCACUGGAUGAGGGUCUGCCAACAUUGCGCUGCUCAAAGUGACCGCCUUUUUGUUGUGAAGAGUGAAUCGGUACCAAAGUGUUUUCUUCUUCGUAUUAUCCCGUUUAUUAUCUCUUGUUAGUUAUUGUUCACUGAUAUUGAAUCUCUAUGUUGAAUGAAUAUCCUUCAAUGGGUGCCAUAUUCUUGUUUGUUUCUGUGUUGUUUUCUUUUUAAGUUAAAGGCUUUUUUUUAUGAUGUGACGGAGAGAGUUUUUGUUUUCUAUUGACUGAAAGAUCUUUGCCCUACGUUGUGUAGGCAACAGUGCUGGCCAUUUGAUCUCUUAAAAAUGGUAACAAAUGCCUCCAGCUUUAAACUAUUUUAUUUUUAUGUAGUUUGCUAUUUAUUUAUUUCACCUGACUGUGAGAGUAGUUCCAUUACCGGCCACUUUCUAGCCGCUAUUUUGUCCCCCAAUUUGAGCUCCCCAGGAGUCUACCCAAAGUCAAUAGAGAGAAUUCCCAGAUUCCUGGAUAGAAACACAAAAUUAGUUAUCACUAUUUUGUCUCAUUCUAUGGGUGUAACAAAGUCUAUCCCGACACCAAAACGGUCAACAAUUCCUGUACAAAAGUAGAUCAAAUCCUCAGUAAAUUCACGGAAUUCUCAGAGAGCGCGGCAAAGCCCUUUGGUUCAAUAAUUAAUUACUGCUGAAACAAACGAGGUGUUUGGUCUCACAUGUGUAGCUAGUUUCGAACUCGGCCGCGGGUUUAGUUUUUGCGCGGGCGACUCCGAAGGGCCCUUUGUUCUCCGAUUGCGUUUAGUUUGCUGGUUUGCCUUUGACUGAUCGUGCUGCGGCAGAUAGACCCGCCGCGCCGCGCAGCGCACUGGCCCGGCCAGUCCCUCCCGCCCCCUGCAGCGCUUGCAGCGUGCACGGCCAGAGUCCAAUUCGAAAACAGAAAACCGAGGGCCGAAUGUCUUUGCCAUCUGAGAGAUUUUGCUCUCCCGUGGAACACGGUCAAAACAUUCCCCAACAGACGUGCUUACAGUGUGGAUUAUAUUUUUAUACGAGUCGGAAGGAAGGCGGUGUGGACGCACCCACCCCCAGGCCCCUAGCAAAGUGCCGCCGCUGCCGCUGUGCACGUUGUUGGUAGUUGGAUCGAGUCGCACUCUCGGAACAAAGUUAAUGCAUUUUCUCGCCAUUACCGGGAGAAACGUGCGAGGCUUCUAACGGGCAGCGGCGCGUGUUGAGUUCCUGUCAGUGUCCUGUGCUGUUUUCUUUUGUCUCGGGAGUGGGAGAAUCUGGAAGAUGACUCAUACUUUUGUGUACUUAAAAGCGAUCAUUUGUACCCGGACACUUCUUUCGUUUUCUUCGUUUGGAAUGGUUCUCGAAUUCCAUACUCUUGUUCACCAAAGUGUGAUCCCCAAUGUAAUAUACAAAUUGUGAUAAAAAAUAUAUGUACAUGGAUGAUUA